CCUGUGGAUUUAACGGAUUUGCACCGAUGGUUGUUUCUGCUCCCGUGACUUUUACCGCGUUACUUGAGCGCGUGAACUCAGUCCACUGAAAAACAAGAAGAAGACGAAGAAGAAGAAGAAGAAGAAGAAAAAGAAGAAGAAGAGAAAAAAGAAUUGUGUGUGAAAAUCCAAAGCUGUGUUUAAAUGAUGGAAGUAAGCGCGGACCAGCCCCGGUGGAUGAGUCAUCAUCCCGCGGUGUUGAACGAGCAGCAUCCCGGCUCUCAUCACCCGGGCCUCGGUCACUCGUACAUGGAUCCGUCUCAGUAUCAGCUGGCGGACGAUGUGGAUGUACUGUUUAAUAUCGAUGGACAAGGAAACCACGUCUCUCCUUAUUAUGGAAACUCUGUGCGCGCGGUGCAGAGGUACCCGCCUCCUCCUCACAGCAGUCAGGUGUGUCGCCCCUCGCUGCUGCACGGUUCUCUUCCCUGGCUGGAGGGAAGUAAAGGGAUCGGACCUCACCACAGCACCUCACCCUGGAACCUGAGUCCCUUCCCCAAGAACCCGCUGCACCACGGCUCCCCCGCGGGCCUGUCCGUGUACCCGCCGGCCUCUUCCUCCUCCUCCUCCUCACUGUCCGCCGGUCACUCCAGUCCGCACCUCUUCACCUUCCCCCCCACUCCUCCCAAAGACGUGUCCCCAGACCCGGGUCUGUCCACGCCGGGCUCCGGCGGCUCCGGGCGUCAGGAGGACAAAGAGUGCAUCAAGUACCAGGUUUCUCUGGCGGAGAGCAUGAAGCUGGAGUCCGCGGCUCACAGCCGGAGCGUGGCGUCCUCGUCCGCGCACCACCCCAUCGCCACUUACCCACCUUAUGUCCCUGAAUACGGGCCAGGCCUCUUCCCACCAAGUAGCCUGAUAGAGGGCAGAGAGUGUGUGAACUGCGGAGCCACGUCCACUCCUCUGUGGCGGCGGGACGGUACGGGUCAUUAUCUGUGUAACGCCUGCGGCCUCUAUCAUAAGAUGAACGGCCAGAAUCGUCCUCUCAUCAAACCCAAGCGGCGGCUGUCGGCAGCGAGACGCGCGGGAACCUCGUGUGCAAACUGUCAGACCACGACGACGACGCUGUGGCGGAGGAACGCCAACGGAGACCCGGUGUGUAACGCCUGUGGACUCUACUUCAAACUACACAACGUGAGUCUGUGCGUGUGUCUGUGUGUGUCUGUGUGUGUGUCUGUGUGUGUGUGU